AUGAUCUCAACGAUUGCCGAUACUAGAAACAAAGCCCUGGCACUCGGUAGGAAGGCUUGCCAGUGCUUUCCACCGUCGCAGUCCAUCGCUGGAGCAGUCAAAAGCGUUCUGGAUAGCCCUCACGAUGAAAAGCACACCAAGGGAUCGCACGUCUGCGCGAAGCUAACGAAACUGGUCAAGAACCGAGACCAAUUGGACUCUGUACCUCAGAUGUGGGCUGUAAUCAUAUUGUUGUGCAACUCAUCGUCUGUCAGCAUAGUCUCUUGGUCAGGUUUGACAAGCUGGCUGCAGCUGAUCCAGUUAUGCUUCAAUGGCAGCGACCCGACUCUGCGAACACAGGCUAAUCUUGCUUGGAAUCGAUUCAUUUACGUUGCUCGACCCCACGAAGGCUCGAAUGAGAAACUCACAGCGCUGCUGGCGAAACCCGUCAUUGCUCAGCUUGAACGGAACCCACACGACACCAAAGCCAAGAUUACGUCCUCAGCAGCAACGUCAACGUACUGCAAUCUGCUGUACUAUGCCAUGAGACCGACUGUUGCACCUCAACGUUUGAACAAGCUAUGGGACGAGUACAUCGUGAAGGUCAUGCGGACGUCGUUCCUGCUCAACGCCUCAAAUGCAGAUAUGGCCUGUCGAAUCCUGAUGUCCUUGUUCUGGAACUGGAAACCAACGCAAAAGUUGUGGACCGAGAAUCGCGCGCACGAAAAUCGUCUCAUGGACCCGGAUGAACUGCCUACACUUGACUGCAAAUGGGUCAGAAGCAGAGCCGUGCCAAUCACGAAGUUGUUCGCUGCCCUCUUCAAGCACUGUUCAUGGGGCCGUGCGGACUCGGUGGACCAAGCAUAUGUCUCAAAAGCGUGGCGCUCCUUUGUCAAGUCCGUUCGAAGUGCCAGCGUCAAGGAGAUCAAGAUGACUACAGAAUCUCGCACAUCGAUCGCUGCAAUACUUGACUUUGUCGACAAGCUGUCUACAGACUCGUUCAAGCAGGAUGGAGAUACUGAUGGCGAUCAAACAAUUCUGGUCCACGAAGUCCUAUCGAGUCUCUAUCGGACCACCACGGCUGAGCUACAUGUUUCGGCUAUCCUCGAGGUGCUAGAAGCUGAUUCAAAGGCGCAGUCCACUCCAGUUCUGUAUGCGCUAAUUGCUGAGAUGCAGCGAAGCACACCAACAAUCGGCUCAACAGGGGCUCCGAAGCAGCACGUUGAUAGUGUAUUACGCCUGCUAGAAGUGCUCAAUGCCGUGCUGAUCGGCGCUCAUGUCAAUAGCAUAUACUCUGCAGAUCUGCUGUGCAAGGGCUUGAGUCUGUUGAUGCCUGAAUAUGCCGAAGAUGGCCUGUCCAGGUUGGCCGCAUCAUUAGCCCUUAACGUUCGAGAUGAGUCCCGUGCUCAACCAUCGUCUGCAGCGAACCGACUUGCGCAGAUUUUGACGAGAGCUCUGGGUAGUGUCGGGCCCCCAAACGUUGAGAAGCUCGAUGCUGUGUUCGCAGCUGCCUUCGGGUCGGUUCACAGAACGAUUGUGAGUUCGGUGUCAGAUCUUUGGAACAAUAAGUUUGGCGGCUGCGAUGACCUGCACAUCGGGCCGCUGUUAACGGACGCACUACAGCGUCUCCGACCAUAUGUGGAGCUUCGCAUGCCGCCAGGCUGCAUGGACAGCUGGACGGAGGUGCGUGACAGCAUUCCAUCCUAUGAAACGCAGGACUCUAUGCCUAUCCAAGAGCUGAGAGGGAAGCAGGAGCCCCUGCUGGAGGGUGCGGCAGAAAAAGAGAUCGUUGCUACCGUCGAGCAAGAACCGGCCAAGGACCUGAAGAAGAUCAGCAGCGCAACGACCCGAGCCAAACCACGACACGCGGAUUCUCAAGUCGCAUUUGUGCCGAUCGAUUCAUCACCACCCGCGGAAGUGGAUUCUCAGCACUUGACAGAGCAUCAGCGUGAGGUUCGCGAUAAGCAGCGAUCCGGGCCUGUUGUCGUGUUCGCAGAUCUGCGUUCGAGUCCAAGACCGGCAAGCCGAGCACCAUCCGAAUCGAGGGAUUGUGGUCUGGCUCGCAAAGCCGCUGGGUUGGCAGGACGUCCGAGCACGCCGCCCCUGCCUGAUCAAGGUGAUGAGCUUGAGAUACAGCCUUCGCCGACCCCAAAAUCCCGAUAUGCCCGCAACAUAGCCGAAGUUGAGAUACCAUCCUCACCACCAUCGAUGCAUGGCCACCAAGCACACAACGAAUCAUCAAACCAGCACGCAGUUCUACCAGCCAGGAACCUCGAGCAGGACAGCAACCACCACACAACUGCGCGGUCUGCCAUGCUAACAGUACAGCCCGAGGAGGCGGUCUCGAAGCCUGACGAGAUCGCAGGCAACAGGAGUCCACUCUUGGAAGCCAUUGUUGACCAUGCGAUCGACAGUCCAUUUGACACCCACGAUGUCGAUUCUUCUGAGGUCGUUCGUGGGACGGAAACGCCCCUUGUCGACGAGAACGCCGAAAUGUAUGAAGCUGAGGGGCACAAGAUGGACGUUGACGAACAGCCACACCACCGUGCACAGUCCAGGGAUACACCAGAGGUGCCUGAAUCUGAGUCGGGAAUAGCGGAGACUCCGAGGCACAAGCAAAUGGCUCACGUGGCGGUCAGUCCAAAGACCGACCUUGGUGCACAAGCCGUCAUCGCCGUUGCUACGUUCAAGGAAGCCGUGGCUGCAGUCGAAGCAGCCACAGUUCCUGAGGUGGAAGCAGUCAGCGAUGAUGAAGCCACUGGAGAGGUCCCGAGGGACAUUGUCGCGCCAGAAACAGUAAAAGAUCGUUCCCAGGGUCAGAAUCCAAAGAAUGCUAGCAGUGGAGCUGUUCUCACAACGCCUCAACGGCAGUCCAGCAGGAUCGACAGCGUCCUGCAGCAGAUGAGCGCAUCUCAGCUGUCCAACGAUCUUGACUGGUCUGUAGUGCUGGAGGGCCUCAAUGACAGUCCUGUACCCUACGAAAACAGCCGCCUUGAGCUAGCCAUACCUCUUGGACUUUCGCAGACCUCUCAAGGAGGGACCUCAAGCCGCAAAAGAAAGAGCUCUUCGAAAAAGAACUGGUCUCGCAGCAAGAAGAGGAAGACCCAAGAGACACAGUCAGCGUCAAGCAGGGAAAGCCAAGAAUCAUUUAUCAAGACAGAAGCGGAGGAAGGUACCAAGGUGGCCGACGGGAACGAAAGCGAUGGGUCGGACGUAAUCGAGGUCAUAGUACCAUCGAGCUCACCUGAGCCAGGCCCUGAGCCUGAGGCGGAUGCUGAUGGAGAUAUGUUUGUUGAUGCACCUGAGUCGCAGGACACGAUCGUGAGGAAGCGUGGAAGGCCAGCAAGAGUCAGCGCAAGCAGUCUUCGGCGCAAGAAGACACCACCAUCGUCGCAAGCAAGUCAACAGCCAGCUUCGGAAGGUACUCGUCGGAGUCGGCGGUCAAUCUACUCUCAAGAGCUGGAGGAUCCUCCACACCUUCAGCCCGAGGUGCAAGCGAGUGGCGAGACGGAGCAUCCGGCUGAGGAACAGAUGCGCGCCGACAAUGAGGCCACAACUGCGACAGACGUGUCCACCCCGGCGCCUCAGCCAAUCAACGUCUUGGAGUCGCUUCAGAAGACGCUUGACGCCGUGAAGAAUGCUCCGGCAGGUUCGCUCGAUCUGAGGGCUGUCGACGAGCUAUGCUUCCAAAUCCGCUUCCAGGCGCAGCUGAGAGGAGCAGCGGCAGGCGGUCAGUCGUAG